AUGCAUGGCGACUGGCAGCCGUCCCUGCUGUCUUCUUCUUCCUGCUGCUCCGAUACUUCUUCGUUCUCCGGCAGCAGCGAUGAAGACAAUGGCGCUGCUGCUGCUGCUGCUGCUGCAACUGCACCAGCAAGUCUGCAGCAACAGCAACAGCAGCAGCACAAUAUACCCCCGCCCCACCAACAGCAACACUCCUACCGCCAGCACUUGCACAAGCAUCACCAGCAGCAGCAGCAGCAGCAGCAGCAGCAGCAGCAGACUGAUAGCCGAGCAAGGGCCUCUAGAAGGGGGAGGGGCGCUGCUGCAGCACUUCGUGGCAGAAGUAAAACGAAGCCUCGUUCAAACAGCAGCAGCAGCGGCAGCAGCAGCAGCAGCAGCAACAGCAGCAGCAGCGGAGCAGCAAAAAGCCUCCCGAUCCCAGCCAAAGGUGCUGAUGCUGCUGCUGCUGCUGCCGAGCAAGGCCUGCAGCAGCAACAACACUUCUGCAGCGAGCAGCAGCAACCGCUGGAGCAGCAACAGCUGCAACAGCAACGCCACCUACAGAAGCAGAUAGGACAGAUGCAGCAGGAUGCCGUGCCAGAGCAGCAGCAGCACCUUCUGCAGGAGAAGGGAAUGCAGCCGCAGCAGCAGCAGCAGCAGCAGCAGCAACAGCAGUCGCAGCAGCAACCGCUGCAGCGGGAGCCACAACAGCAGCUACAUUCAGCAGAAGCUACCAGCAGCAGCAGCAUUGCUGCUGCUGCUACGGAACAAUGCGCAGCAACAAUGGCUGCUGCUACUCAGGACCUUCAGCAGCAGCAGCAACAACAUGCAUCUCUUGACGCUGCGCUACCAGGAAGGGAGCAGGAGCUGAUGCAGCAGCAGCAGCAGCAGCACAUGCAGCAGCACAUGCAGCAGCAGCAGCAGCUGCUGCACGCAUUUUCAGAGUCAAGUGCGCCAUUGAUCACGUCAGCAGAGGGUCCGGUUGCUGCUGCUGCUGCUGUUGAUGCUACUGCAGCAGCAGCAACAGGGAGACAAGGAGAAGCACAAGAUCUAGCAGCAGAAGCUGCAGCAAAGGUGGGCGCAGCGGCAGAAGCCAAGCGUGCCGCUGCAGCAGCAGCAGCAGCUCUUUCAACCCCCCCUUCGUUAAAGGAACUUGUGGCGCUGGUUGCUGCUGCAGCAACAGGCAGCAGCAGCGGCAGCAGCAGCAGCAGCAACAGCAGCAGCAACAGCAGCAGCAGUUGGUACUCCGCGGAGAACCUGCGUCUCAGCGAGCGCAGCGAUCGCUACUUCUUCGUUAGGCAGCCACCGGAUGCAGCAGCAGCAGCAGCAAAAGAUCUUGCUGCUGUGCUGCUGUCGCAUCCUGGAGGCCUCUUCGAUGUAUUCGAGCCCUGCCCGCAGCAGCAGGUGCAGCAGCAGGAGCAGCAGCAGCAGCAGCACAGCAGCAGCAGCAUAAGCGUCAAGAGCGAGCCCUCCGCCCAAAGAAUCGCUGCAGCAGAGACUGCUGCAGCAGUUGUACCGCAGAAACGGCCGCUGCAGCAGCAGCAACAGCAGCAGCAGCAGCAGCAGCAGCAGCAGCAGCAGCAGCACGUGAAGCAGCAAGGACAGGAACAGCAGCAGCUGCUGCAGGAGGAGCUGCAGCAAGCAUGUCCUUUUGAGGGCCUUUCAGGUGUACAGGCAGCUCAAGCGCGUUGGCUGCUGCUCAGGGGUAGAGGCAGCUGCAUGCGGCUGCAGUUGCUGCAUGCACUUCAGCUGCUGCUGACAACGGAUGCAUCUGUGCUGCAGCUGCUGAGUCGCUGCUGCCACUUCUGCAGCAGCAACAACAACAGCACAAAAAACUGCGUACUUCUCCCGGAGGCGCCGCAGCAGCAGCAGCAGGCUGCACUAUGGCUGCUGCAUCAACUGCUGCACGUGAGCUACGGCACGAGUAGCAGGGGCAGCAGCAGCAGCAAUAGCGACAGCAGCAGCAGCAGCAGCAGCAGCACGAAGGAAGACUGCCCUUGGAACGAGGUAGACAAUCAAUUUGCUGUACUUGCAGUGAGGUGUAUCGGCAGCAGGUGGCGGCAACAGCUAUUGUCGCACUUGCAGAGCAGCAGCAGCAGCAGCAGCAGCAACAGCAACAGCAUUGAUCUCGAGCCUCCUCCUAAGCGGCUGGCUUUUGAGAGGUUGUUGCGUUUGUCUUCUGGUGCCGCAGCAGCAGCAGCACGUCCUGCUGCCUCCGCAGCAGAAGCAGCAGCAUCAGAUGCAGCAGCAGCAGCUGCUGCUGCUUGUGUUGCAGUGCAGCAAGUGGGGCGUGCCGUGCUGCUGCGGCCUUUUCAUCCGGGCUGCUGCUCUGUGCUGCGGCUGUCUCCUGCGGCAGCAGCAGAAACCUCCUGCACUGCAGCAACAGCAACAGCAGCAGAAGCAUCAACAGCAGCAGCAGCAGCUGAUGCAGCACCCGCUGCUGCUCGCAGAGGAGGGCGUAGGGGCCGCGGUGGCAGGCCCACAGGGCAGCAGCAGCAGCAGCAGCAAAUGCAGCGGCUGCUACGACGCUUAAAGGCGCAGCUCUUCCCAGGCCUUCUGCUGCAGGUGCGGCCCUACGGCAGCAGCAACAGCAGCAGCAGCAGCAGUAAUACCCGCACCAGCAGCAGCAUCGACACGGGGCCUGCUGCUGCGGCAUCGUCACAGUAG